AAAGCGUACAAAGAAAGUUGACAUGAUUUUGAACAAGCAUUUGCCAGUAUAUUAAGAAAAGUGUUUUGAUUCAGAAACAAGAAUUUAUGUUUACAGUUUAAAAUACAUUUAUUGUGAUAAAUAGAAAUUCUGAAGCAGAACAAAGAUGUUUAGUGGACAAAAAAUAGAAGGAGAUCCACACAAUACGGAGUACAACCAACUUCCUGCAUACGACCAGCAACAAUCCGCGGGUUUUACUUCUGGUUUCCCAACGACGAACCCGUCUUCAAAUGUCGUUAUAACUAGUGCUCCUACACCUAUUGUUGUGGUUGCUCCACCAAGAGGAAAUGACUGGCUGGUUCCCGCCAUUUUUUCGUGUCUCUGCUGCUUCUGGCCUACUGGAAUCUGCGCCAUUAUUGCAGCCGUCAAUGCAAGGUCCCUGUUCGAUGUUGGUGACUACGACGGCGGACGAUCCAGUGCUGGAGUGGCUAAAUGGUUGACCUUGACUUCGCUUGGAAUCGGUCUCAUCUGUGUUGUCAUCCUCAUUGCCCUCUUCAUAGUCAAAAGAAUGGAGGACGUGAACGACUGGACCACGACCACAACAACGACCCCGUGGUACUAAGACUAAUUUUAAGAAAAGAUGCAGGGAAAUUUAUUUAUUUUUUAAUGUCUUGUAGAUUUCAUUGAUCAUUAAAUGUCAAGAAUUAUGAAUUGUGAUAAUACUCUUUCAUUCUUUUCAUAUUAAUUUUAAUGAUAAUGAACUUUCUGCAAUUCGAUAAUCUCUAUUUCCUGUUUUCUGUUCAUUGGUAAUAUGUUAACUUUUCAGUUAUGU